AUGAGCACAAUGGUGGAGAACCGCAGCACCAUCGCCUUCUUCGGGACCUUCAGGCCAGCGGUGGCGCUGGACCUCUUCUCAUGCCCAGUGAACCCGACGACAACGUCUGCGCCGGACGAGCAGCGCCUCACCGACGGUAAGUCGUACAACCAGAACGGCCAGGCCAUCACGCCGGCGGCUCUCAAGGAGCUCCUGGCCAAGAACAGCCCCGCGCUGGCCGGCGUUGCCACUCCGGAUGACGUGGACAAGGGCCGUGUCACCGGCAUCGUCUUUGUCUCCGAGAGGGACAACGGCCUGGAGACGCUCCAUGUGGCCCUGCGCGCCGCAGGCAAGACCACGGUGGUGUCGCUGGCCGACAUCUACGGCACCGACACCUUCGGCGGGGUCCGAAUGGAGGACAGCGGCUGCUUGGCCGGUGGCUUCCAGGUGGGCGGUCGCACCGUCGGGCACUCGCUGGUGUACGUGUCCACCAAGGAGCCGGCGGCAGCACGGCGCACUCCGUGGACCGUGGUGUACAAGACCAACCUUGCCGAUGGCAGGACGGAGCGCCUCACUCCGCCGGAUCAAUACGACCUGAACCCGGCCGUGUCGCCGUCCGGGAAGAGGGUGGCGGUGGCCAAUUUCCGGUUCAACCAGUGGACCGGCGAGAUCGGCCGCCUCAAGACCGAUAUCGUGGUGAUGAACGUGGACCGGCAGGCGCAGGGUGGGCUUGGGCGCAGCGUCCUCAUCAAGGACGGCGGGUGGCCGACGUGGGGCAGCGACACUGUCAUCUUCUUCCACCGAGGGGUGGAUAGCAUAGACACAGUCAGUGGGAGGACCAAUACUGACUGGGGUGUGUACCGGUACGACCUCACCGCCAAGCAGGACAAGAACAACCCCUUCAAGGUGACCCCUGACGGCAUCCAAGCCAUGACUCCGGCGGCCAUCAGCGAGACCAAGGUGGCGGCGGCCGUCACCCGGGAGGGCACCCGGAUAGCUAUAGCGGUCGUGGAUCGCGAUAAAAAGGAACAGUACCGUCACAUCGAGAUCUAUGAGGUCGGCAAGCCUGCCAGCCCGGUGAUAAUCACCCAUAGGACGGGCACGGUGCCCGAGGGGCUGGCAGACCACUACAGCCCGUUCGUGCUCGACGGCGGCAGCCGUAUCGGUUUCCACCGCCAGCUAACCAAGAAGGAGAAUACUACCGCUCAGAAGAACUUCAGCAAGCUGCAGAGCCCGGCGACGCACAAGGACGUCGGGAUCUACCGGAUGGCCGGCGUGUUCCCAAGCAUCCACAUGGCGGGCACCAAGAUCACCUACGUGGACAACGAGUUCAAAACACUGAAAAAAAUAGCACGCUAUAGCGCCGCUAAUAGCACGCUAUGGCGUGUAGAGAAUUGCCUCGCUAAAUUAAUUUUUCAGGACAGGAGCAACAACAACAUCUUGUCCACAACGUGGAACCAAGGCAAGGACGAGGAAACGGGCAAGUUAAAGGACAUCGUCUACUUCUGCGUGGGCACGGCCUUCGGCACCGGCCCAAUACAGAUCUAUGCUCUCGAAGACGCCUCCAAUCCCUCACACAAUGAACGGACCAUGAGGCGCCUCACCAAGGGCAAUUUCAACAACGCCUUCCCCUCGAGCAACCGGGAUGGGAGCAAGUUCGUGUUCCGGUCGACGCGCGACAGAUCCGGUAAGCUGGAGGACGCCAAGUACAAGAACCUCUACAUCAUGGAGGACGCGGUAUACGGGGAGUGGAGUGAAGAUGAAGAAGGCACGGCAGUGAGGCAGCUCACUAACGGGCCCUGGAUCGACAGUCACUGCACCUGGUCGCCCACUGAUGAUUGGAUCGUCUUCUCCUCCUCCCGCGACAGGGCGGCUGGCGCGCCAGAGAGGGACAUCCUCGACGCCGGCUGCUUCUCCAUCUUUCUCGUCAAAGCCACCGACCCCAGUGUGUUGGUGCGGGUCAUGCACAGCGCCGACUCCCUGGCCGGCCAUGUCUGCCACCCCGUCUUCAGCCCCUUCAAGGACAGCAUCGUCAUCACCUCCGACGUCGCCGGCGUCUCGGCCGACCCGGUCUCUCUGCCCAUCUUCAUCCACUCCGUCAGGCCCUACGGCGACAUCUUCACCAUCAAACUCCGAGACAAGAAGGACAUCAUGAAGAACAAGGACAUCAUGGAGUUCGACCGCAUCACACACACCCGCUACGAGUACUCCACGCCCACCUGGACGACCUAUUUGGGUGACGACCCCAACAACAAGUGGAAAACGGCCGGUAGCGGUGCAGCGGAGUGCCCCGCCGGGAGGUGCUAGUUUAUUUCCCUUUCCAUUUCAUGCAUCUCAUUUCAGAUCGACUUUCAUCGAUCCAUCCGACGACCGACAAUAAACUCGCGCAGCGCGCGGCACCUACCAAGCUUAGUUUGUUUCAUAUUUUUUUGCAUUCCCAAUUUGUUUCCAUCAGGAAAAGUAGCGUCAUCCAGUCAUAUGUGUAGCUUCUACUAACUA